AAUGUAAUGCGUAAUUUAAUCGAUUAAUUGACUCCCACACGCUCAUUUUUAGUACCUUGGUGCCGUUUGGAACUAUUUACCGAUCUAACAACUUCUGCGCAUCUGUCAAUCUGACAUUUUUUUACCUCCUCCUCAAAAAUCACGUCCGGGGGCUUUUAUUAUUUUAUUUUCUUUAACCAUUAUGGUAGAUGAUAAGGUAGAGAUGAACAACGACAGCGAUAACUACACAACGGCCAAUCCAAAUGAUCCUAAAAACGUACAAGAAUUAACUCAAUAUGUUCAGAGUUUAUUACAAACGAUACAAGAUAAAUUCCAAAACAUGUCGGAGCAGAUUCUUUCUAGGAUUGAUGAGAUGGGGAAUCGAAUCGAUGAUUUAGAAAAGAAUAUCGGUGAUUUAAUGACUCAAGCUGGGGUUGAUAGUACGGAAAAGUAGAAAUGGUGUGAAAGUGAUUGUGAAUGUAGAUUUUUUUUGUUAUGGAUGUUAUUUGAUAUAAGCACGGUGCAGGAUGUAUGCCAAUUAUUUAAAACGCACCAUUUGAAAGAAAAAAAAUCAAAUCAUUUUUUUGUUUUAGGUUUUAAGUUGUAAUUUUUAAUUUUUUUCAUUUAAUUUUUAAACCAUUUUUAUUGCAUAUCAUGUGUUCAUUUCAUCUUGUAAGUUUUAAGUUUAUCAAAAAAAAAAAAUGUAAUUCUUAA